AAAAUAAAAAGAAAAUAAAAUAAGAGCAGGAGCAAAAAGUUUUCCAACUUCGCCACUACAGCACUCGUCCCUGUUUCUUCGGUUUCGUACGGUUUAGUGUGACUCUUCUGUCACCAAAACCGUGCGCUCUAUAAAAACACACAAUCGUCACUACUAACCACUCGCCACCUACACUCUCUAUCUCUAUAACCGCUUCCCCUUCCUUCAUUUCCUUCUUCUCCGACAAUGUCCCAUCGUAACAAACCUUCUCCAUCUGAUUCCGCCGCCGGAAGAGGCCGCGGCCGUGGUCGUGGACCUGGUCCGGCGCAAUCCGUUCCUGCUGUUCGUCCGUCAGUGCCAUUUGCACCUCCUGCUGCGCCGGGACCGGCGAUCGGUUCGUCCACCUCGACUCCUCCUCUCGCUGCUGUUGCUUCUGCUUCCUCGUCGAGCUCGAUGGCGCCAGAGGCGGUGACUGCCGGCGUUGAGAAGCUCGCAUUGCAGCAGGCGGCGCCGCUGUCGUCGUCGAAGGCACUGCGGAUUCCGAGACGGCCAGGUUUUGGAACACUUGGACAGAAGAUUCAGGUUCGCGCGAACCACUUCCUGGUUCAAGUUGCUGAUCGUGAUCUCCACCACUACGACGUUGCUAUCACUCCUGAGGUAACUGCUAAGAGCAUUAGAAGAAUUCUGGUGAACCUACUGGUGACGAAGUAUCUUAAGACGAACCUCGGGAAUCGCAUUCCAGCUUUUGACGGUAAUAAGAACCUCUACACUGCUGGACGGCUACCGUUUGAGUCGCAGGACUUCGUCAUCAAGCUUUCCGAUGAUGAUCGCAAAGGUUCUUCUGCUGCUUCUGCUUCUGCUUCUGGUUCGGCCAGCAAAAAACGCGAAAGGGAGUUUAAAAUUACGAUCCGAUUUGCUGCGAAGGUGGAACUUCAGAAUCUUAUCCAGUUCCUUAGAUGCCAGCAGCGGGAAACUCCACAAGAUACCAUACAAGCUCUUGAUGUUGCCUUGCGUGCGUUGCCAUCCGAAAAGUAUAAUAUUUCGGGGAGAUCGUUUUUUUCGCCAUUGCUGGGGCAACAAGGGUCGCUUGGUGGUGGGAUAGAAUACUGGAGGGGUUAUUAUCAAAGUCUUCGCCCCACUCAGAUGGGACUUUCGCUUAAUAUUGAUGUGUCAGCAAGGUCCUACUAUGAACCAAUUCUUGUUACUGACUUUGUUGAGAAACACUUUAAUCUUGACUUGUCUAGGCGUCUGUCUGACCAAGAUCGUGUUAAGAUUAAGAAAGCUUUAAGAGGGAUCAAGGUAGAAGUUCGCAACAAUGAGAAUAUUAGAGGCUACAAGGUUACUGGAAUCUCAAAGGAGCCCUUAUAUGAGUUAAUGUUCACUCUUGAUGACAAUGCAACAAAAAAAUCAGUUGUUCAAUACUUUCAUGAGAAAUAUGGUAUUCAAUUGAGAUAUCUGAAUCUUCCUGCUAUCCAAGCUGGAAGUGAUGCAAAACCUGCCUAUUUGCCUAUGGAGGUUUGUUCGAUUGCUUCUGGACAGAGGUAUACCAAGAGAUUAACUGAGACUCAGGUAACUGCACUUCUGAAGGCAAAUUGUCAGCGUCCUCAAGAAAGGGAAAACUACAUCAAACAGAUUGCCAGGCAGAACAAUUUUAACAAUGACAAAUAUGCUCGGGAAUUUGGGAUUAGUGUAGCGGCGGAUCUGCCAUUGGUUGAUGCUCGAGUCUUGCAACCUCCAAUGCUGAAAUAUCAUGACAGUGGAAAAGAAAAAAUGGUUAACCCACAGAUGGGUGCAUGGAAUAUGAUUAAUAAGAAAAUGUAUGGUGGUGGGACAGUGCAACACUGGACUUGUAUCAAUUUUUCUAGAAGAGUGAACAGAGAUGUGCCAUCUCAGUUUUGUGCUGAAUUGAUCAGCAUGUGUGUUAGUAAGGGAAUGAUUUUCAAGAGAGAGCCUCUAAUUCCUAUAAUUUCAGCACAACCCAAUGCAAUAGAGAGAGCUCUUGCUGAACUUCAUGAUAAGUGUAAGAAGACGGGGAAGAACCUUGACCUUUUGAUAAUAAUUUUACCCGACUCAAAGGGGUCUUAUGGAACAAUAAAGCGGAAAUGUGAAACAGAACUAGGAAUAGUGUCUCAGUGCUGUCUACCAAAUCAUGCUUAUCAGAUGAAGAAGCAGUAUCUUGAAAAUGUUUCUCUCAAGAUAAAUGUCAAGGUUGGUGGAAAAAACCUGGUGUUACGUGAUGCAGAUCUCCAUAACAUUCCCUUUUUAUCUGAUAUGCCAACUUUAAUCUUAGGAGCUGAUGUAACACAUCCACAACCAGGGGAAGACUCAGCUCCCUCUAUUGCUGCAGUUGUGGGAUCCAUAGAUUGGCCUCUGGUCACACAGUACAGAGCAAUUGUUUCUGCCCAGAUGCACCGUCAAGAAAUCAUUCAGGAUCUUUAUAAAACUACUGUGGUUCCGAAUAAGGGAAUUGUGCCUGGUGGAAUGAUCAGGGAGCUGCUCAUGGCCUUUUACAAAAAAACAAAUCGGAAGCCUGACAGGAUUAUAUUCUACAGAGAUGGAGUCAGUGAGGGACAGUUCAGUCAAGUUUUGCUUCAUGAGAUGGAUGCAAUAAGACAGGCUUGCGCCUCCUUGCAGGCAGGUUAUCAGCCCCGAGUUACAUUUGUCGUCGUUCAGAAACGACAUCACACUCGCUUCUUCCCUGCUGAUCACAGAAGACGGGAUCAAACUGACAAAAGUGGAAAUAUACUGCCAGGUACUGUUGUGGACACCAAAAUUUGCCACCCUUGGGAGCACGAUUUUUACCUCAACAGUCAUGCUGGAAUUCAAGGAACCAGUCGACCUACUCAUUAUCAUAUGCUGUUUGAUGAAAACAACUUCACUGCUGAUGGAUUCCAGACUUUGACUAAUAACUUAUGUUACACGUAUGCCAGGUGCACUCGUUCAGUAUCAAUAGUUCCUCCUGCAUAUUAUGCGCACUUAGCUGCUUUUCGAGCUCGCUACUACAUCGAAGGUGAAAUGUCAGAAGGGGAUUCUGCGAGUAGGGGCGGCGGCGGUAGAGUGAUGUUAGACUUGCCUGCAGUCAAGGACAAUGUCAAGGAAGUCAUGUUUUAUUGCUGAAAUGCGCCUCUAGUUGAUUUAUCAGUUUUCAGGCAACAAGUUAAGCUACUCUUAAAGUACGAAAAAAUGGAUUUUAUUACGUGUUUUUGGGUUAUAAAACUGCAUGGAUUUAGGAUUAUAUUAAGAACUCAUUAUGGGAAUAAAAGUUUAGUAGAAAAUCACAUAUAA